AAAGAUCUCCAUUCCCAUCUUCUUUGCUAAGUGUUUUCUAUCAACUUACAAUUUGAGAGAGAGAGAGAGAGAGAGAGAGAGAGAGAGAGAGAGAGAGAGAGAGAGAGAGAGAGAAGAUGAGUGUAGAACUGUUAGAUGGCGCCACCAUCCGCGCAUUCGUGGAGGACGAGCAAGCCUUCAAUGUCUCCGUUGAUGACCGUUUCAGAAGCCUCGACACAGACCACGAUGAUCUCCUAUCCUACACAGAGAUGAUGGAGGAGCUAAAGAGUCUUAGGGUCCUAGAGACCCACUUUGGCAUUGACGUUGUGGAAUCGAAUCCUGAUGAGAUUGCACUCAUCUACCGUUCCCUUUUCAUCCAGUUCGAUCAUGACCGCAACGGGUCCGUCGACUUGGAAGAGUUUCGGGCGGAGACUAAGAAGAUGAUGCUUGCAAUGGCAAAUGGGCUGGGAUUCUUGCCUGUUCAGAUGGUUUUGGAAGAGGAUAGCUUCUUCAAGAAAGCCGUCGAAAGGGAAUCAAGCGUGCUCUCUGCUUGAGAACUUUUGCUUGCCACAAGUUCUUCAAUUUUGCAUGUUGCAUGUGUGCCAGUUUCCUAUCUUUGCACUACGUUCUGUUUAAGUUUUUUCUUUUCUAUUCUUUUCUUUUUUGCUUUUGUACGUGAAAGUGAGAAAACGUAUCUUUUGUAGUGUGGUUUCUACUUCUGGGGAGAUUUUUACAUAUUGAGGUUUAUAUUAGGAUAUCAUUGGAAAAAUCUCACCAAAUAUAAUAAUAUUUUAAGUUAAUUUAUAAAUUUUGAAAAAAGAAAUUACUUUCU